CUGGUAUGUGAGUAGAACUGUGUAAUCUGUAGUGAGGUCAUUAGUUCCGUCAUUAUUCAGCAGGCGUCUGUCUGUCGACGUCACAGAGGAACUUCAGCUUCUGACCUGGAAACAUGACUUCAACACAAAAGGAUAUUCACCACUGUGACGAAUGUAGUGCUCAGUUCAGCACAUCAAGUAAACUAGUCAUUCACUCUAGAGUUCACACUGGAGGACGAUCAUACACAUGCGAACACUGUGGGAAAACCUUAUGUCAUUCGUCUGCUCUCCAUCGUCACCGGCUCAUCCACACUGGAGAGAAACCACAUCAGUGUUCUGACUGUGGGAAACGUUUCACCUAUCGGGAUAGCCUCCUUCUCCACCAGCGCAUCCACAGUGGACAGAAACCGUACGGUUGUGACCAAUGUGGGAGAACGUUCGCUACUCUGAAGAUCUACAAAGUUCACAUGAACCGCCACACCAAAGAGGUGGUGUUCCCCUGUCGUUUCUGCGGGAAGACGUUAAGUUCCGACACUGGACUCAAGGCUCACGAACGAAACCACACCGGAGACAAACGCUACAAGUGUCAACACUGUGACAAAGCCUUCAUCACAUCAUCGCAUCUGUUGAGACAUAAGCGAGUCCACACCGGACACAAACCAUACUGGUGUGACCAAUGUAAAACCAACUUCACCUGGUCCAGUCAGGUGAAGAGACAUAAGUGUGCAUGAGACGCCCACAUGUUAUCUUUUUACAUGAUGGUUUUAUUUUAAACCCACCCACCCACCCCAGAAGGCUGGAUAUACCAGGAAUUACAUCCAUCCGGGACUUUUGUCCAAUGGAUUUCUUGAAGACUAUUCAGCUGUUUGUUUUCUAAUUUGACUCACAUGUUCUUUACCACAAGGAGAGGUGCAUUGUACAGUUUAAUGGCUGAAUUUCAAUUUUUGUAUUUUUUAUAAAUUUUUGAAAAGAUUGAAAAUUUAAAUUUGAGCAGAAUAAUGUUUGUCUUGGUUUGACUGAAGUACCCAAAGAGGACAAUGAUUUUAAUUACCCCACCCCUCAAAGGCGUGGCAAGGGGUAUUUGGUUCGGUUUGUUUGUUUUGUUUGUCUGUUAACACUGUAGCAGUAAAACUAUUGGUUGAAUUCAUACCAAAUUUGGUUUAUAGAUUGCCAGUGACCUAGAAGCAAUUUCAUUACAUUCUCGGAAAAAUAGGUCUAAGUUGCAAUUCUUUGUGAAUUUUUAAAACUUUUUUUCCCCAUUUACUUAUAAUGGGUGAAAAUUCAAAUGUCUGUAGCAGCAAAAGUAUGGGGUGAAAUCAUACCAAAUUUGGUUUAUAGAUUACCAGCGACCCAGAAUAGAUGUCAUUACAUUUUGGGAAAAGUAGAUCAAAGGCACGACCCUGAAAAGGUGGACUGAUCCUAAUCACCUGUUAUUUCUAUGAUGUGAUAAACCUCGCAGUCAUGUGAUGGUAGCAGGGAUAGACUCCACCCCCGCGACCUUCACAAAGCCUAAGGGGUUCGGAAAAUAAAAGAGCGAAUGACUUCUCUUCCCCUUUUAUUGUUUUUUUGUUGUUGUUGUGAUAUGGAACUAUUUUACUCUUAUGGUGUGGCCUCUUCUCCUUUUAUUCCAUUUUUAUUCUCCUGGUGUUGAUUUUAUUGUUUUCUCCCUGUUUUUUACUACUGUUGAACUCCAUAUGGAUUAUUUAUU